AUGGCAGAAAACAAAGAUCUGACUAAGGUUGAUUGUGGCAAGUUUGGAAGUAUCUCCGUUGCAUAUUGGCCCAAAAUAAGAAAGAAAGUUGCUGUGAAGAGGCUACUUGCUUUUGGGGAGGACGACUCAGCCAAUAAAAAGUUUGUUCAUGAGCUACAAAUUCAAAAGCGAGUGGAAUACCACGACAACAUAAUUCGAAUCUUGGGUAUUAGUCAAGAUCCAUGUAAUAAAGAUCGUCUACUAGUCCUUCAAUAUGCUAAAGAUGGAAAUUUAAGGGAUUACCUUGCGCGUAAACAUUCAACACUCACAUGGAAUGAUAAAUUCAAAAUUGCUUUUGGAAUUGCUGACGGUCUUAAUUGUCUUCAUGAUGAAAAUAUUGUUCAUUGUGAUUUUCAUUCAAGAAAUAUUUUAAUCGACAAUGAGACACCAAUUAUUGGAACACCACAAGAAUAUGUUUUGCUUUAUCAAGAAUGUUGGAACAAGACUCCACACCUCCGAUCAAACAUCCUCACUGUUUUACAAUCUCUUGAAAGGAUAACUAAAAGUUACACGGAGAGAAUAAAAGCUACUUCGCCCAUUUUAGACACCAUGUCGCCCACAUCUGACCAACAAAUGACUCAAAAAAAUAUCGACAUUAAUGCAGAUUUAGAUGCAUAUAAUUCCUUACAAUAUAACCUUGUGAUUCCUGAUGAUAUUGGGUCUUCUGAAUAUGUCAAAGAUCUGACUUUCAUAGAUACCCCCAAAUCUACUAUGAACAUUUAUUUAUCCCAACCUUCUCGAACAUCGAAGAUAGUCAUGCAGCCAACAUUUUUCGAAAGAAACAUAGAACCCUCAAUUGAAGCGACACAUACUUCUAUUCCAGAAACAGAUACUUCAACAACAUCUGGAUCUUCACAUAAUCAAGCUAUCAUAUCAUCUAAGAAAAAUGACCAAAAUUCGCAAAAUCACAAUUUCACAAAAGUUUCCAGAUCGUCAAAUCUGCUACCAUUUCUCAACAAGGAUGAAAUCAAAUUAAAAAUUGUAGUUAUAGGUAGUGGUGCAGUUGGUAAAUCAAGUCUUUUGGAGGCAUUUGUAUUUGGAAAAUGUCGACCUGUUUACAUUCCUACAGUCUUUGAGAAUUUUUGUGUAAAUGUUAAAAUUGAUGGACAAUAUGCGUCGUUGUCAUUAUGGGAUACAGCUGGUCAAGAGGAUUUCGAUGGACUAAGGCCGCUUUCGUAUUCGAAUGCUCAUACAUUUUUGAUUCUAUUUUCUGUUGAUAUUCCUUCUAGUUUAGAAGAAGUAAUAGAUAAGUGGGUGGCGGAAGUGUAUUGUUACUCCAAAUCUGUACCAAUCAUUUUAGUCGGCACCAAGAUAGAUAGAAGAAAUGAUGAAAGUACAAUUGAAUACCUACAAAGAUCCUACCGAGAACCGACAACUUAUGAAGAAGGAUCUAAAGUUGCAAAACUGAUAAAUGCGGUUAAAUAUUUGGAGUGUUCAGCGUUGAAUUGUGAAGGUGUGAGUGAGGUGUUUGAGCAUGCUGUCCGUACCGCGCUUGCAUUUUCUCUCAUCAGGAAGAAUCGUAAAAAAUGUAUUGUUUCAUAA